AUGGCUCUCGCUCAGACUGUCUACCAGACCGUGUUCAAGCGCAACUCCGUCUUCGUCGGCACCGUCUUCUUCGGCGCCUUCGCAUUCGGCAUCGGCUUCGACACCGUGUCGCAGAAGCUGUGGGACUCGCACAACCGCGGCAAGCAAUGGAAGGACAUCCGUGACAAGAUCACCAGCAACUAA